ACGGCAAAACCCCGAGCAGCUUUUCCCAGCAUGCCUCCGUGGUGCAAGACUCCAAUUCCCGUGUUCCUGUGCGCGUUGAGCAUGGCUGCAAAUUUUGUAGCAGCGCAUUCAAAUUAGAGAGCUGGAGAGUGGUGUCUUUUACCAUGGGGCUGAAAGGUGCCCAAAAGGCACUGUUCCCCCUGAGCUCGGUGUCGGACGUGGUGCGCCUUUUUGAGCUGGAGCUCCGCCGGGAGCAGCCGGAUCUGGUGCUCCUCUCCUUAGUCCUGGGCUUUGUGGAACACUUCCUGGCUGUCAACCGCGUCUUACCCACCAACGUACCAGGCAUCAGUUUUGAGCCGGCCCAGGGACCUGACAGCUUGACUUACUUCCCAGUGGCUGACCUGAGUAUUGUGGGCGCUCUGCAUGCCCGCUUCACAGCCCAAAUCCGCGGAGCUGUUGAUCUCUCACUCUAUCCACGUCCGGAUGGCUACUCCUCUCGGGAGCUGGUCAAGAAAGUCUCCGACGUCAUUUGGAACAGCCUGAGCCGCUCCUAUUUCAAGGACCGGGCGCACAUCCAGUCCCUGUUCAGCUUCAUUACAGGCACCAAACUAGACAGUUCAGGCGUGGCAUUUGCUGUCGUGGGUGCCUGCCAGGCACUUGGACUGCUGGACGUGCACCUGGCGCUCUCUGAGGACCACGCUUGGGUAGUGUUUGGCAAGGAUGGUGAGCAAACGGCAGAAGUAACGUGGCACGGCAAAGGCAAUGAGGACCGACGUGGGCAGACAGUCAACUCUGGCGUGGCAGAGCGGAGCUGGCUGUAUCUGAAGGGCUCCUACCUGCGCUGCACUCGCCAGAUGGAGGUGGCGUUCAUGGUGUGCGCCAUCAACCCCUCCAUCGAUGUGCACACGGACAGCCUAGAACUGCUACAGCUGCAACAGAAGUUGCUUUGGGUUCUCUUUGAUCUGGGCCAUCUGGAGAGGUACCCGAUGGCUCUGGGAAAUCUGGCUGACCUGGAGGAGCUGGAACCUACUCAUGGCCGACCCGAACCCCUCUUUCUCUACCACAAGGGGAUCAAUUCUGCCAAGCAGUACUUCAACAAUGAACACAUCUACCCGUACAUGUACCUUGCAGGCUACCACUGUCGGAACAAAAAUGUCAAGGAGGCGCUGGAGGCCUGGGCUGACUCAGCCACUGUGAUCCAGGAUUAUAACUAUUGUCGGGAGGAUGAGGAAAUCUACAAGGAAUUCUUCGAUGUGGCCAAUGACGUCGUUCCGAACUUGCUCAAAGAGGUGGCCAGCCUUGCUGACUUGGCAGAAGAGAAGGGAAGUGGAGAGAGAGGAGAGUCUUCUCCAUUCCAGGCAGGCGGCUCAGCUCUGCAGGACCCUGAGUGUUUUGCUCAUCUCCUGCGUUUCUACGACGGGAUCUGCAAAUGGGAAGAGGGCAGCCCCACUCCUGUCCUCCACGUGGGAUGGGCCACGUUCUUGGUGCAGUCCCUGAGCCGGUUUGAAGGGACGGUGCGGCAGAAGGUGACCCUGGCGAGCCGAGAUGUGGACACCAAUGAUGAUGAUGACCAAGGCAGCGAGGAUCUGCGGGAGGGGCGACGUCGCGGUCCCCGCCGCGAAUCCAAACCAGAGGAGCCGCCCCUGCCCAAGAAGGUGAUGGAACGCCGACGCCCAAGCUCGGGCCAACGCGCGGACAAGCCUGCUCUGGAGAAGGAGGAAGGGCCUAGUAGUGGCCCGAGCCCACCUCCUGAAGGUCCCAUCCUCACCUUCCAGAGCGAGAAGAUGAAAGGCAUGAAAGAGCUGCUGGUGGCUGCCAAGAUUAACUCCAGCGCUAUCAAGCUGCAGCUCACAGCUCAGUCCCAGGUGCAGCUGAAGAAGCAGAAGGCCUCUGCCCCCCGUGACUACACCCUCUCCUUCCUCAAGCGGCCCCGGAAGUCUCUCUGAACCAACCAGGGGGCUGUUCUUGGAGCCGUGACUUUGUCCGUUCUCCAGGCACCGCUGCGUAGCCUGCUGUGCCUAAUGCGGAGCAUGGAAAGCAAUACAAGUCCUUUGUCCUUUACAUAGGGGUUAAAUUUCCUUCUGAAGACCCCGAGGACAGGUAGACUCUCCUCUUGCCACAGUAGAGUCCCUGAGAGGCAGCAGAGGUUAAGAUUCUGGCAUGGAUCUCUAGAUGGACAGAAUUCCUGAUGUGCCCAAUAUUAUCCACUGUUGGAAACCUUGCUAGCUACUGGUUCUCCCUGCCGGCUAGAAAUGCUGACGUGUUACCAAAUCCUAGCAGAGCCUUGAGACACUUGUUUACAAAAAAGCUGGGGUGGGGGUAAGGGAUGUUUGUUGCAGAGAUAAAUACUACUAAGCACACUGGGGGGUGGGGGGCAUAGCACUUGCUGCCUCUGGGGUCAUAUUUGCAAUAAGGAGGGAGAGAGGGUCACGAUUUGUACUGCCAAUGUUUGGAUUUUGUAAAAGGAUAAUAAAUUAGGGUGACUUUUUGUAAA